GGUGCAGGCAUCCUCUGAGUAUCACAAGAGUGCAGCAAGCACGGAAAACAAGAAAUGGACGGAAAAGGAGGGUUUUCAAUGUAUUUAUCUGACUAAUACCGCUGCCGAUUAUUUUCUGGUGCAUAUGAAGCAUCCACGUUGAAAAACGAGUAUCUAAACACCACUAUUCCGUGCCUAGCAAAAUAUACACAAACUCUGCCAAAUGGCCUCUCGAAAGCGGACAAUCUCUUUAUCCGUGAUAUUGGCCAUCCUCCUUCAUACAAAAAAAAAAAAAAAAAAAUCCUUGAAAGGCCAUGCUUGGCUGUUUUCGUCCUUCCUUCCUCAGCAAAAUCUGUUAACAAGCCCCGGAAAGGGCGAGCAAGGAAGUGGCGAAGUUACCGAGACAACGCUGAGAAAGAGCACAAUUGUGUCCGCCCACUGGGGGCGUUGCUGCUUUGGCCAACGUUGCUCUUUCGUUUCGUCCGUUUGGAAUUCCUAGAAGCCGAAGGAAAAGGACGGAGGCACGCGGCUGACGUUAUGGACUGUGUGAUUAGCCGGGACCCCGUGGACAUUGAGAAUAUCCUAGCUGUAAACCCACGAAAACAAACUUACGCAUCUUUGAAUUCAACUAAAGCAAAGAAAUAUGAGAAAAAGCACUGGAAAAGGAAUGCAGAUAAAAGCUGCUCAAACUGUGAGAAGCUGGAAAAUAAUUUUGAUGACAUCAAGCACACGACUCUUGGUGAGCGAGGAGCACUUCGAGAAGCAAUGAGGUGCUUAAAGUGUGCAGAUGCCCCCUGUCAGAAGAGCUGCCCAACUAAUCUAGACAUCAAGUCGUUUAUCACAAGUAUUGCAAACAAGAACUACUAUGGAGCUGCCAAAAUGAUCUUUUCUGACAACCCGCUUGGGCUGACGUGUGGGAUGGUAUGUCCAACUUCAGAUCUCUGCGUGGGUGGAUGCAAUUUAUAUGCCACCGAGGAGGGACCAAUUAAUAUUGGUGGACUGCAGCAAUUUGCUACGGAGGUAUUCAGAGCAAUGAAUAUUCCUCAGAUUAAAAGUCCAUCCUUGCCAACACCAGAAGAGAUGCCUGAAGCCUACCAUGCCAAGAUAGCGCUGCUUGGAGCAGGACCUGCAAGCAUAAGCUGUGCUUCCUUUUUGGCUCGACUGGGCUACUCGGACAUCACCAUUUUUGAAAAGGAAGACUAUGUUGGUGGUUUAAGUACAUCUGAAAUCCCCCAGUUCCGGCUGCCGUAUGAUGUAGUACAUUUUGAAACGGAGCUUAUGAAAGACCUCGGAGUGAAGAUAAUUUGUGGCAGAGGGCUUUCUGUAGAAGGACUGACACUCAGUGCCUUGAAGGAAGAUGAUUACAAAGCAAUCUUUAUUGGAAUUGGUCUACCAGAACCAAAAAGAGAGCCUGUAUUUCAUGGUCUGGGAAUGGGCGAAGGAUUUUACACAUCUAAAGACUUCCUGCCAUUGGUGGCUGUGGCAAGUAAACCAGGAAUGUGCACCUGUCGCUCUCCAUUGCCAUCGAUACAGGGAACGGUGAUUGUUCUUGGAGCGGGUGACACUGCUUUUGACUGUGCAACAUCUGCCUUGCGCUGUGGAGCUCGUCGUGUUUUUGUGGUCUUCAGGAAAGGAUUUACUAAUAUACGGGCUGUACCUGAGGAGGUAGAUCUUGCAAAGGAAGAAAAGUGUGAAUUUCUGCCAUUCCUUUCUCCUCAGAAGGUUGUAGUGAAAGGAGGGAAGAUUGUUGCUGUGGAAUUUGUUCGGACUGAGCAAGAUGAAGAUGGAAACUGGAAUGAAGAUCAGGAUCAGAUUGUUCACCUGAAAGCAGAUGUGGUGAUUAGUGCCUUCGGUUCAGUCCUAAGUGACCCUCAAGUAAGAGAAGCUCUGAGUCCUCUCAAGUUUAACAGGUGGGGUCUCCCUGAAAUUGAUCAAGAGACCAUGCAAACAAGCGAGCCAGGGAUUUUUGCAGGAGGUGAUAUUGGUGGACUGGCCAACACUACAGUGGAAUCAGUGAAUGACGGAAAGCAAGCUUCCUGGUACAUGCACAGAUACAUACAGUCUUUAUAUGGCAUUGCAGUUCCUGCUGUACCACGACUUCCUCUUUUCUGCACGCCUGUUGACUUAGUAGACAUCAGCGUAGAAGUGGCUGGACUCAAAUUUCCAAACCCUUUUGGACUUGCAAGUGCAACUCCCACUACAAGUUCACCAAUGAUCCGCAGAGCUUUUGAAGAAGGAUGGGGAUUUGCCCUGACCAAAACAUUUUCUCUGGACAAGGAUAUUGUAACAAAUGUUUCUCCGAGAAUAAUACGUGGAAUUACCUCAGGUCCCAUCUAUGGUCCAGGCCAAGGCUCUUUCCUGAACAUUGAGCUCAUCAGUGAGAAAACAGCAGCUUACUGGUGUAAAAGUAUCACCGAGCUGAAGAUCGACUUCCCUGACAGAAUUGUCAUUGCCAGCAUCAUGUGCAGCUAUAAUAAAGACGAUUGGACUGAGCUUUCCAAAAUGGCUGAGACUUCUGGAGCAGACGCCCUGGAGUUAAAUUUAUCAUGUCCGCAUGGCAUGGGAGAAAGAGGCAUGGGCCUAGCCUGUGGCCAGGAUCCAGAGCUGGUGCGCAACAUCUGUCGCUGGGUGAGGCAAGCUGUUCAGAUUCCUUUCUUUGCCAAGCUGACCCCCAAUGUCACAAAUAUUGUGAGCAUUGCAAGGGCUUCCCAAGAAGGUGGCGCAGAUGGUGUUACAGCCACCAACACUGUCUCAGGGCUGAUGGGACUCAGAGCAGAUGGCACACCUUGGCCGGCUGUCGGGCUCAGGAAAAAGACUACAUACGGGGGAGUUUCAGGAAAUGCUAUAAGACCCAUUGCCCUUCGAGCAGUUUCUGCAAUUGCCGGUGCUCUUCCAGGAUUUCCUAUCUUGGCAACAGGAGGCAUUGACUCAGCUGAGAGUGGCCUGCAAUUUCUUCAUAGUGGUGCCUCUGUUUUACAGGUGUGCAGUGCAAUACAGAAUCAAGAUUUUACUGUGAUUGAGGAUUACUGCAGUGGGCUGAGAGCUUUGCUUUAUCUGCAGAGCAUGGAGGAAUUUAAAGACUGGGAUGGACAGAGUCCGUCAACUAUAAGGCAUCAGAAAGGAAAACCUGUGCCCAAAAUUGUUGAUGUGAUGGGAAAGAACCUUCCCCAUUUUGGCCCCUACCUUGAACAACGCAAGAAGAUAAUCGCUGAGACUAAGUUGAAACAGAAGGGACAGAACAGCUUGGUUUUCCAGCUUGAGAGAAAACGUUUUGUUCCAAAGAAGCCCAUCCCAACCGUAAAGGAUGUAAUUGGAAAAGCACUGCAGUAUAUUGGAACAUAUGGAGAGCUCAGUAAUAUGGAGCAAGUUCUGGCUCUGAUUGAUGAGGAAAUGUGUAUCAACUGUGGCAAAUGCUACCUGACCUGUAAUGAUUCUGGCUACCAGGCUAUACAAUUUGAUCCAGAAACCCACCUGCCCACUGUUACCGACAGUUGUACAGGCUGCACUCUGUGUCUCAGUGUCUGCCCUAUUAUUGACUGCAUCCAAAUGGUUUCCAGGACAACACCUUAUGAACCAAAGAGAGGCCUGCCCUUAGCUGUGAACCCAGUGUGCUGAGGUGAUCAGACCAGCAGUUAAAGUGAACCUUACAUUUGCUUGAUUCUAUUGAUUUGAUUUCUAAUUAGUACCAGCAACUCCAACUAUGUGAAAAAAGAAAGGGGGGGGGAGCCUAAUGAUGGGAGCCAUUAUAAUGUGGCUACAUUUUCCAAUGUAUUUUUUUCAGUCUCAAGACAAGCAGCGAUUAGUUGUCAAACGCUAACUGUCCUUAUCUUUUCUGAAGAACAGAACUUUUUUCCUUUUUGCAAAUUCUUGCAUGUUAUGAUGACUUUGGUGAUUUCUCUCCCCCUAACAACCCACAAAAUUAGGAGGGAUCCCCUCCCCCCAGUCAAUAAACCCCACCAUGCAGAUCAACUUUGUUACCAGGGAAACAUUCAGUAAUUACACUUUUCAUUUCCUUUUAAAACUGUUUUUUAGAAGAUGUAAUUAACUACAUAACACACAAACAAAGCAAUGCAGAUUCACUGUGUGUGGUGUUUUUUUUACAGGAGGAUGUAAAAAAGGUUUAAACGAGUAUUUCUGAACUAUUAAUCAGUUUCAAUGGUUGCAGCAUAUGGCACUGUAUUACCUUAAUUCUCCCUAAAUUCUGCUUCUGACUAGGCAUUAAAAACUAAAUUUGCAAAUACAGUGCACUCUUCACCAUUUAAUGUUUUUCAAUAGGUUGAUGAUUUUUUUGUUUCUGUUAAUGAAUCUCCAGAGCAUGACCAUUAACUAUAUUAUUUCAAAUGUAAGUGUCAGCUCAAGAAUCUGAUUUAUAGUAUCUUUCUGUUGCAUCACUGUGCUUUUUGGAAAAUGAGAUUAUUCUUGCGGUGCAAGGCAACAAUUGCAGACAAUUCCUUUUUCACUCAUAUGCUCCUUAUAUAGGCUUUCUGCAAAUCAUGUGAAACAAAAGAAAGUGAUGCUGGUCAUAGUGGUAACACCCUGCAUGGCACAGAGAAGUUCAGCAGAUGUGACAUCCUAUCUUCACAGAACUAUGACAACCCUUAGCAUAUGUGAAUGUUUUCCAGUUGUACAGAUGGGCUCAUUCUGCAUGGAAGGGUAUCGCAUAAGCUUCUGCUGGGCCAUCCCCAUUUGCCCCACUGUGUGCUGACCAUACAAAAUGGUGUCCAGACAUAGCAUGUGCAGAAGCAUUCACGAGUAGUGUGACACUUACAAAGAUAUAAUAGAGUAAGAUAUAUCUCACACAAUACUGCGGGGGGAAUCAAUAUAAUGAAGAUAUGCAAACAUUUUGGAACAGUGUAGUAAGAAAGAAAUGUGCGAGUAACUGAGUAACUUUUUUAUGCUGUGAAAAAAUGUUUUAUUAGCUAUGUAUUUCACUGUAAACAAACACACAACCAAUUUAGAUUUAAAACUCUGAGGUAAAUAGUUGUCAGCAUAUUACAGCCAUAUGUUACGAAGAAAUGUGUUUUAUUUUUGAGUAUUUAUUUCUCAGAAAUAGAGUCCUAAACCUUUGCAACAUAUGGCAAUAAUAUGCUGACAGCUAUUUACCUUGGUUUUUUUUAAAAAAAUAAAUGGGUUGUGUGUUUGUUUCAACGGUAGAACUACAGUAAGGGAAGAAGGGAGAAAGGGAUUCUAAAACAGCAUGUUAGCAUCAACUUAUUUCUCAUGCUCAGCUGGGAAUGUUCAUGCACAAGUUGCUUUAUUCCAAGGAAACCACAAGAAAGCCAUGUGUUCAAUAUUUUAAAUAGCUAACAAUGUUCCUGUUUAUUUCUUUGUGCUCCCAUCAACUGAAAAAUGCAAAAUUUGGAUUGUGCAUAUUAAAUAAUGAUUGUGUUCCAAUUUCUGUACUUUUACAAAGUUAUAAAUAAAUGAGAAUUAAAGAGCAUUAUGCAACCUG